GCCCAAAUCCUUGCAACAUGGCGCUCAACUUCUCAAACAAGCAGCGGAUGAAUGUGUCGAUCUGUACCGAUUUCACCCGCGUGUGCGGCGGCAUCUCCAGCCCGAGCGCAAGCUCGAGCCGAAGUAGUAGUCGCAGCAGUAGUAGCAGCAGUUGA